GAAGCCGUGAGUAUGCCAGAGCCUGCCGGGGGGGAGGACAGCAAAGAGCUGGAAGCAAAUCCCCUGAGACAGUGCCGAAAGAGAAGCCCUUCAUUCCCUGUGUGCCUGCUGUGAAAGGGAAGAAGCAGGUGGGAGUUCAAGUCCAAGCGGAGCUCCCAGUGCUUGCAGAGAUGAGUGAGUUAAAAUCCCCCAGUGACAUUGCCCCUGGGAUGCGCCGUGAUGAUCCCAUAAAGGGAGAAGCAAGUCCUAUGGUGAAGGCAGUCCCUGGGCGCAUUCCAGCUGUAACAAGCACCCCACGCCCUGUGAAGGUUAAAAGGCACAGGAAGGGUUGUCUACAUUUGUUUGAGCCCCUGAGUUAUUGUGGAAAAGGGCAAAAGCAAUUUCUCGCUGCCAACCUGGGAGGGUUGGGCCAGCUAAUUGCAAAGAAGAUUCCCCCCGAUAAGAAGGACGCUGGCUUGCAGCAGGGAGCAGCCAUUGCCUACCAGCUGGAAGACCAAACUUUCUCUUGGGAAGAAGAGCAAGGUCAGCCAAGUCAGGGGGUGGAAUGGUGUGCUGUUUGGGCAGUGAGCACAGGUGAGACAAGAGUGUCCCUGCAUGUCUACAUAAGCCCCUGGGCAAAGAGUAAAGAAGUAAAGAAAUGGGCAGAAGAGGAAGGGGUGGCUUCCCUAAUCGAAAGAACCAGCGGUCUGAAACAGCAAAUCAAACUUCUGACAGUCAGGUCGGAUUGGAAGCACUGGAAAGGAAGAAACCUGGAAGAAGCCAGCCAUCUACUCAGUCAGAGAGGGCUCCUGGGGGGAGGGUCACCCAUGGAGCGGCUGGUGAAUCCUCCUUCGCUUCAGGAAGUAGGGGGGCACAUGUGGCUCAACAGAAGACCUGCUGCGUGCUGCCAAGGAAACACCACUGUUCGUGGAAGAGGAAUCCUGGCACCCUGCCUGUGGCCGAAGAAAUCAGCUUGAACUGGAACCUCCUGAAACUCAUGAUGGGGAAGAGCCAUGUGGAUGAAGUUAUGCACAUGAAACUGGAUGCUGGUUUGUGAGUAAGAAUUUUCUUAAGGAGAGCGUUUCUUCAAUGAUUUUAGCAUUGCCUUUAAAAAAAAAAAGGCUGCUGAAUGCUUAAGAUUUAUUAUGGUGUGUCUGUUAGUAUGUGGGAGUGUGUAUAGUUGGUUGGGGGGAGGGAGAGAAUUAAGUUCUUUGUUCUUCCUUUUUCAGUUCUGAUGAAAUUCACUGCAUGCUUGUGGAUGUUAUGCUGCAUUCCAUUGGUCUGGAUCGCGUCUGAAGUUAAACUCAGCUAUAGCCUGGCCAGCUGGAAAAUCAAUAUGACUGCUGGAUCUGCUCUCUGCUACCUCAUCAUUCUGCUGGCUUUCCUCUAAUGGUCGUGGAGUUUAAUAAAAGCUUAUUGUGUGUGUUUUAUUAUUUUACCCAAAGGGUUUGAUGUGAGGGCCACCCAAGCCAGAGCAUUUAGAACAGAUACCCAGAGGUUUGGGGCAGUUACAUGAUGGGUUAGGACUGGGUAACCCCCUUGAGAGUAAAUGCCCCACCACAGCCUGAAGUCUGUUGGGAACAAGUAAAGUAUAAUAGAACAGAAGCUAGGUUCCACAGGCGAGUGGGCUUCAAUAGGGGAUGUCAAACCGUGCAUACAUGUCCCAAUCCCAGUAAUAGUGAGCAAGGCUGGAUAUGUACUAGUUGGACCCUGCAUCCUGGCAUUAACUGGGUAGCCCCUAAUGGGAGUUAUUGGAUUUGUGGAGAAGAUGUUCUCUGGGAUUGUUAUGGGGUCCACAUAGAUUUGAGAAGACCCUAGAAAGCCCUUUGUGAAAUUAUAGAGCUUGGAAAGUCAGAUGGCAAAGGGACAUCUUUAGCUCAGCUGAAUAUGCUUGGGCCCUGCUUCCCAGUGGAGGGGUGGCUAACAUCAUGUAUAAAGUAAACAUUUUUGGAAGGGCAAUGGAAGUAGCUUUAAAUGCUACAGCUCUGGCCCUAGAAGCAAUAGGGAUAGAAAUGACCAGCAUGAGAGCAGCAGUUCUCCAAAAUAGGCUAGUCCUUGACAUGUUACCUUCGAGCAUGGGGGGGACAUGCGCGAUGCUACAACAGGAAUGUUGCGUGUAUAUUCCAGAUAAACAAAGUAUAGUGAAUCAUAGUGUAGCAGCUUUAUAUAGACAAAGUAGUAAAAUAAAGCACUUGGAAGAAGAUUCUUUCUUAAAUGCUAUUUUAGAGUGGUUUCAGGAAUAGGAGGUUGGUGGAAACAAUUAUUCUCUAUUGGGCUCACCCUUAUUUGGGGUGUCAUAUUAAUAUGCAUAUGCUUGUCCUGCUGGCGCAGCUUUAAUGGAUAAAUAGCUAAGACUACCCUUGGGGUCAAACGACAGGGCAAACGAAGAACCGACUCCUUCGGGAGUAAGAAGAGAAUGUAACGCGAAGCAUUGACGUCCUUUGACCAUCCAGGGGUGGAAUGUAUACCCUGUGCCAGCAUAUUGUAUUAGCAAGCUAUAAUAGCCUUAAAGUUGAUCAAUAUAGUUAGAAUAUAGUCAUGAUGAUUUGCCUGGAGGUUUGUAUUCCCCUUUCAGGCCCCAGCAUCCUUGGGUAUGUCAGAUCACCUCACAGACACCUGCAGUCUAAUCUAGGUGUUUUAAUGAGGAUAUGAUGGCUUGCCCAGUAUGAUGCUGGGAAUGUACCUUGUUAGUUUAAAGACAUCAAAGGAGUUGGCUUUAAGCUAAGUUAUACUCCAAAGGCAGGUGGAUGGGUCGAAGGACGGUCAAUGGUGAGAUAAUGCACUAGUUGCUUGUUAGUGCAAAGUCAAGGAACGGUCAAGAAGAAGAUAAUAUAGCAAGUUGCUUGUUAGCAAAGAUGGAGAUAAAGAUGGUAGCUAUGCAGUUUGCCAAGGGAAGAUGUCAAGGUGCUCCUGGAAAGAUACUAUAGUUUUCUAAUAAUUAGCCUGCUUUGAAGAUGUUCUGUGAGAAGGUCAGAACAGCCAAUUAUAUGCAACAGAUGUCAUUAUGUAUUACUUCAAAGUGUGUAUUCUCAUUAAUCAUAUAUGUAACUUCAUGUGUAUGCCAAUGAUAUGUGCCAAGAUUUAUGCUAUAUAAACAUGACCUGUGCCCGGUAUGGGUGUUCAGUCUCUGACCUCCACUACUGCAGAGC